AUGGACCCCGAAAAAGGCGCACUCGGUGGAAUCUCCUCGUCCUUGAGGGCCGAACUCGAGCCCAAGCAUGCCGAACUUCUCCUCUACGCUUGUUGCCUAACAUCCGGACUGGUGGACAGCACGAUAUACAGAGCGUACAACACCUUCGUCUCUAUGCAAACAGGAAACACCGUCUUCGUCGGACUGGGAACAUCUCACCAAAACCUUCGCUCAUAUGGCUGGUUACGCUCAGCCACCUCCAUCGGGACAUUCAUCCUAGGAUCAUUCGUUUUCUCCCGAAUACAUUCCCUCCUGGGCCCGCGGCGACGCGGAUCUCUGAUGCUGUCCUUCAUGUUACAGGCCAGUCUGAUCCUGCUCACAGCUGGCCUUAUUGAAGGUGGUGCUGUCUCCAGUAAACUGGAUAGCAAACUAUCCCAGGCAGUUCCCCCGUUCGACCAAGAAGUGCCGAUUGUUCUCCUGAGUUUUCAGGCCGCCGGGCAGAUUGUAGCAAGUCGUGCUUUGGGGUUCAAUGAAAUCCCGACCGUGGUCAUCACCAGUCUUCUUUGUGAUCUGAUGUCUGAUCCGCAGGUGUUCAUGAUCAGGAAUGUGAAACGAGACCGUCGUGUCGUUGCCUUUGUGUUGACGCUUGUGGGCGCCAUCGUCGGUGGAUGGGUCACUAAGGUCACGAUGGCCAUUUCACCGAUUUUGUGGCUAUCGGCUGGUAUAAAGGGAUUACUUGUCCUUGCCUGGGCCUUUUGGAAGGCGAAGUGA